GAGAGAGAGAGAGAGAGAGAGAGAGAGCGUUACAUUCACAGAGAGCACAAUCCCCAAUUCGGUCUUAGGGUUUCUGCUCAACAAUGGAGGGUUGGGACCCGAACACGAAGUCGACUCUAACCCAGAUCCCGCUCCUGACCACCAAGGCCGGGCCGAGAGACGGGCCGGCGUGGACCCAGCGGCUCAAAGAGGAAUAUAAAUCGCUGAUCGCCUACACCCAGAUGAACAAGUCCAACGACAACGAUUGGUUCCGAAUCUCCGCCGCCAAUCCGGAGGGGACACGUUGGACCGGGAAAUGCUGGUACGUCCAUAACCUCCUCAAGUACGAGUUCGACCUCCAGUUUGACAUUCCGGUCACGUACCCUGCCACCGCGCCGGAGCUCGAGCUGCCUCAGCUCGAUGGAAAAACCCAAAAGAUGUAUAGAGGAGGGAAGAUUUGCUUGACUGUGCAUUUCAAGCCGCUUUGGGCCAAAAACUGCCCUAGAUUUGGUAUAGCACAUGCUCUUUGUUUGGGUCUUGCUCCAUGGCUUGCGGCAGAGAUUCCCAUCCUUGUGGAUUCUGGUAUGGUUAAGCACAAAGAUGAUGCGGCGACAUCGGCUGAAUCUUAGUUGUAAACUGUAAUGGUAAAGUUGUAAGAACUGUUGAGCCAUAAAUAGCAAUUUACUGCAAUUGAGCUGUGAGGAUUAUAACUUUAGUCCUCAGAUAAACUACAUCUUCAAGUCAAUACACAUACUCUUGAAUUA